AUGAGAAAAUCCGGGCGAGAAGAUGACAGUAGGGCUAGAGAGAUCGACCGCCAUCAUCAUUAUUUCCUCUGCCACAAACCCAACCACAGUCUCAAAACGACGACACUCAUUCAUUCUAGUUUUCUCCUUGUUGACAGUUACUUUUCUUUCAGUUUUGAGACAGUUUCCUUAUUUCCUUUCUUUCUCUUAAUAUUACGUCUGUCUUUUUUCUUUCACAUUCUUUUUCUUUACUUUUUUACUUGUCAUAUUUUUUUUCUUUCUUAUUUCAAUUUAUUAUUCUUUCUUUCUUUCUUUCUUUCUUUCCUAUCUUCACUCUUCAAUUUAAUCUUUAUUUAUUUUGUCCAGUUUUUCUUCCAAUGUUCGUUCUUUACGCUUUGGAUUAAUUUUUUUCUUUUUGACUGUACCACGAGUUUUUGUUUCCUUUCUUUAUUCUUCUUCUCGUCUGAUGCACACCCUCUUUUUGCUUCUUUCUUUCUGCUUUCAUUCAUUUUUCUUAUUCUCUUCUUCGUUAUUUUCUUGAUUUCUUUUUCUUUCUUGCUUCUUGAUCAUACAUCCUUCCUUCAUUCCUUUCUUUCUUUCCUCUUUACUCCUGUUUUAACUUUUUUUCUUUCUUUCUUUUCUCCUUAUUUCUUUCACUUUGCUCUUUCUUUUAAUCGCUGCAACCUUCUCAUCCAAAAUGCCCCUUAUAAAAGAAUAAUUUAA